CCGCCCAAGGGAACGGAAUGACGCGGAGCGCACUACUCAUUCCCCACCCGCCGUCGACUCCAGCCUAGCCGCGUCGUCCCCUCCCCCGCCCCCGGCCCCGCCCGCCAGAUCUCCUCCGCAAUCCCCACCGGAGCCCUCCCCCGCGCGCGCCAGCAGGCGGAGGCAAGCAGGCGAGCGUGGCGAUGGCGUCGUCGCAGGCGAAUCUGGAGAAGAUGCAGCUCCGCCAGAGCUACCGCAACCUCUGGCACACCGACCUCCCCAACGCCAUCCAGGCCGACUUCCCCUACUGCUGCCUGUCGCUCUGGUGUGGGCCAUGCGUGUCAUACAUGCUUCGUAAAAGGGCUCUCUACAAUGACAUGUCAAGGUAUACGUGCUGUGCUGGCUAUAUGCCGUGUAGUGGCAAGUGUGGUGAAAGCAAAUGCCCAGAAUUCUGUCUUGCAACUGAGGUGUUUCUGUGCUUUGGUAAUUCAGUUGCUUCAACCCGCUUCUUGCUUCAAGACGAAUUCAACAUACAGACAACCAAGUGUGAUAACUGCAUCAUUGGUUUCAUGUUCUGCCUUCAACAAGUUGCUUGCAUCUUCUCAAUAGUUGCUGCUAUUGUCGGUAGUGAGGAACUUUCAGAGGCUUCCCAGAUCCUUUCCUGCCUGUCUGAUAUGGUCUACUGCUCGGUUUGCGCCUGUAUGCAGACACAGCACAAGGUUGAAAUGGACAAGAGGGAUGGGAAGUUCGGGCCACAGCCCAUGCAAGUGCCUCCAAUGCAGCAGAUGUCACGCAUCGAUCAGCCUGUCCCUCCACCCGCUGGCUAUGCACCACAACCAGCAUACGGCCAGCCUUAUGGUGCCUACCCACCUCCUCCAGCUCAGGGUUACCCACCGCCGCCAGCUCAAGGCUACCCACCGGCAGGUUACCCGCCAGCAGGUUACCCCCAGGCCCAGGGCAGUUCAUACCCUCCACCUGGUUCGUAUCCCCCACCUGGUUCCUACCCCCCUCCGCAGGGCUACUACGGAAAGUAAAGUGCGUGCAGCGACCGGAGUGGUAUUCGUUGGCGAGGCAACAGAAGUAUCGUGAACAUGUAAACAGUAGGACUAUUGUAGUGAUAUAUAGGUGAUGUUAAGGUACUCGUCGAUAUUGGUCUGGGUGCUGAACUGGGAACCGCAUUUGGGUCUCCUCUGGGUGGUGAACUGUCUCUGGAUUUCUUCUGGGUGGUCAUUGGUCAACUAUGAACUGCAUCGCGUCUGUAGUUCCUCUGGGUGUUAAAACUGUGAACUCUUCGCAUUCCGAGUAUGUUGUUCUCCGAAUAAAUAUGAGCGGCGGUGUGUUACUAA